AUACUAUAGCACAUAUCCUGUGUGCACUACAGUAAACACAGCCGGGUACACAACUCAGCCGCCCGGACUGCUCGCUCAAAACUGGUUGCCCCUGUCCCAAUAUCGUGUCAUAUUAACCUAUCCUAAGCCAAUUGAACAUGUCGGACGAAAGCCAGGAACUGCCCGUGUUCACCACGGCCGCGGACAUGCGUGCCUGGGUUCGCAAGCAGAAGAAGAGCGGGCGGAAGGUGGCCCUUGUGCCGACCAUGGGCUACCUGCAUGAUGGUCACUUGUCGCUGGUGAAAGCGGCUCUGGAGCGCGCGGACGUGGUUGUGGCGUCCAUCUACGUCAACCCCACACAGUUCGCGGCACACGAGGACUUCGACGUCUACCCGCGCAACCCGGAUGAUGACCGUGCAAUGCUCAAGGCGGCGGGCGCCCACGCUGUGUUUGAGCCGGAGUCGCUUUACGUGGCAGUGCCGGGCGCGGGCGAGGGCUCCAACGUUGUGGGUCGCGAGACGCAGCACCCCGACUCCCACGAGACCUACGUUACUGUGGAGCGGCUGCAGAAGCCGCUGUGCGGAGGUAGCAGGCCGCACUUCUUCCGGGGCGUGUGCACCGUGGUGACCAAGCUGUUCCACAUCUGUGAGCCCGACGUGGCGGUGUUCGGCCGCAAGGACUACCAGCAGUGGCGCGUCAUCAGCCGUAUGGUGCGGGACCUGGACUUCGCAGUGGAGGUGGUGGGCAUGCCCAUUUGCCGCGAGGCCGACGGACUGGCCAUGAGCAGGGGCAAUAGCUGAGUAGGGAGGGAAGGAGGCGCUGCGGCCAAGAACGUUGCGGAAAGACGCACCGAAACGCGCAGAUCGCCACUGCCAAAUGAAGUGUUCGCCGCUGACAAAUGACGA